AUGCCUCUCAACUUUCUCUUCCUCUUCCUCCUCCUCCUCCUCUCCCACCAUCCUCUCUCUUCCGCUUCCGCACCUCGCAACCCCGAAGUGGAAGCUUUGAUGAGUAUAAAAGAUUCCCUCAACGAUCCUCACGGUGCGUUAAGCAACUGGGACGAAUACUCAGUAGACCCUUGCAGUUGGUCUAUGAUUACCUGCUCUUCCGAUUACUUCGUUAUUGGCCUCGGAGCUCCCAGUCAAUCACUCUCUGGAAUUUUAUCUUCUGCUAUCGGAAAUUUAACUAAUCUUAAACAAGUGUUACUGCAGAAUAACAAUAUCUCAGGCAAAAUACCACCGGAACUUGGAAAUCUUCCCAUGCUUCAGACUUUAGAUCUUUCGAGUAACAGUUUCUCUGGGUUCAUUCCACCUUCACUUAGUCAAUUGAAUAGUCUCAAGUACCUAAGGCUGAACAACAAUAGUUUGUCUGGACCCUUUCCUGUUUCGCUGGACAAAACUACACAACUUACUUUCUUGGACUUGUCUUAUAACAAUCUCAGUGGACCAUUGCCCAAGUUUCCAGCCAGGUCAUUUAAUAUUGCGGGAAACCCAUUAAUUUGUCUAAGCAAAUCUAUUGAAGGCUGCUCCGGAACAGUGACUCUUAUGCCUGUUCCUUUCUCACAAGUAUCAUCACAAGGAAAACACAAGUCCAAAAAACUGGCAAUUGCUCUUGGGGUCAGCUUUGGUUGUGUUUCUCUCUUAAUCGUGUGUUUAGGGCUGUUUUGGUAUAGAAAGAAAAGACAGCAUGGAGCCAUCUUGUAUAUUGGUGAUUAUAAAGAGGAGGCUGUUGUUAGCUUAGGGAAUCUUAAAAGUUUCGGUUUCAGAGAGCUCCAACAUGCAACUGAUAGUUUCAGCUCCAAGAGUAUACUCGGUGCUGGAGGUUUUGGCAACGUUUACAGAGGGAAGCUUGGAGAUGGCACAAUGGUGGCGGUGAAAAGACUGAAAGAUGUAAAUGGUAGUGCUGGUGAAUUACAGUUCCAAACAGAAUUGGAAAUGAUCAGCUUGGCAGUUCACCGCAAUUUACUUCGCUUAAUUGGAUAUUGUGCUACUCCUAUUGAAAAACUUCUGGUUUACCCUUACAUGUCUAACGGAAGUGUAGCAUCCAGGCUUAGAGGAAAACCAGCUUUAGAUUGGAACACAAGAAAGAGGAUAGCAAUUGGAGCUGCAAGGGGCCUUCUGUACCUUCAUGAGCAAUGUGAUCCAAAGAUAAUACACAGAGAUGUUAAGGCUGCUAACGUACUUCUGGAUGACGAUUACGAGGCUAUUGUUGGUGAUUUUGGUCUUGCAAAGCUCCUUGAUCAUGCUGAUUCCCAUGUCACCACUGCUGUCCGUGGUACUGUCGGGCACAUUGCGCCGGAGUACCUAUCCACCGGCCAAUCAUCUGAGAAAACUGAUGUGUUUGGAUUCGGCAUUCUCUUGUUAGAGCUUAUAACUGGAAUGACAGCUCUUGAGUUUGGGAAAACCUUGAAUCAAAAAGGUGCUAUGCUUGAGUGGGUGAGGAAAAUACAGCAAGAAAAAAAGGUUGAAGUGUUGGUGGACAAAGAACUAGGGAGCAACUAUGAUAGGAUAGAGGUUGGGGAGAUGCUGCAAGUAGCUCUACUUUGUACUCAAUAUUUGACAGCUCACCGUCCGAAAAUGUCCGAAGUGGUCCGAAUGCUCGAAGGAGACGGGCUUGCUGAGAAGUGGGCAUCAACACAUGAUUAUGGUAGCAACUGCUGGAGCCAUAGUCAAAGCAACAACAGUAGCAGCAAUAGCUCAUGCCGCCCUACCUCUGCUUCAAAACAUGAUGACAAUAUUCAUGAUCGUUCGAGCUUGUUUGGCAUGACAAUGGAUGAUGAUGACGAUCAGUCCUUGGAUUCCUAUGCUAUGGAACUCUCUGGUCCUAGAUAA